CAUCCCAUAAAAAAUUGAAAAAUUGAAAAAAAAAUUACAUUUAUUGUUAAUCAAUUAUCCACGAACUAUUAUGGCGUCAAGUCAAACACCUUCAAAACGAAGAAGUACACAAGAUCGAGAAUUUGUUAAAAACCACGGUAAAAAUGAUUAUUCUUUAGAAGUAGUUCAUGAGAAUAACUGGCAAUUAUUUAUGUGGUUCGCUUCCUUGGAAACAGUUGAGAAUUAUAUUUGUUUAUUUAUUCUCGUCUGGGAUGUUAUUCCAGUACGGAAUAGUCAACAAUUUACAAGAGAAUUAAAGGAAGAAACUGAUAGUUUAAUUCAAAUUAUCAAGGAGUUAAAUAUUUCAAAAGAAAACGAUAAGAAUUAUUCUAAAAUGUUAGAAGAUUACAAUAAUUACCGUUUUUUUGCUGAUGAAAUUCAUAGACAAAAUUUAGUUCAUGAUGUUUGGAAAGAAUUGGAAAACUAUGGAUUAAAAAAUAUUUCUUAUGCUGUUUUGGAACAAUUAGACCGUUGUACAUUAUUACAAAAAAAAGAGUUAAGGGCGAUGAUUUUGUCUAGGAUAAAAUCUUUUCAAUCAUUUUCAAGAAAAAUAAAAGAAAUAAAAGAAUUACAACAAGCACCCCUUAAUAAUAAGAAUUCACAAGUUAGUAAUUCAACAAUUCUUGAUGAUAGCAAUAAACAAUUAAUUGAAGGUACUCAAGAUAUUCGAGAACUUUUGAAAAAAAACGAGGAAUUAACAGCUCAAGUAAAAGACUUAAUAAAAGAAAAUUCGAAACAACAGGUAGCUCUUGGUAAUUUAACAAAUGUAUCUUGGAAUGAUGAUGAUCCACAUAAUCCAAAAAAAUUAAUUGGAGACAUUACAGAUUUACAAGAUUUGCUCUCAGAUUUCACAAUGGUUCAAGGAAGUGAUUAUAAGAUAAUUAACGAUGAUGCAAAUGCUCUUUUAAGAGCUUUUAAAUGCGAAGUAAAUUGUCCUAGUUCGCGAGCAAGCCUUGUUUUAGGGGUUUUACUUCAAAGGGUCACAAUUACCUUAAUUAUAGAAUCAGCUGAAAAAUAUUUAAAUGGCGUAUUUGAAAGUCAAGAGACGGCUCUUGAGAGGGAUAUCGUAAAU